GGUGCCAUUAAUGGAAAUUAAGCAAAGAUGAGUAGAGGUGAAAGAAGUGGUGGUGGACAAAGCUCCUUAAAUUAUUUGUUUGGGUCAGAGGAGAAGCCAAAGUCUUCUCCUCCGAAGACAGUUACGUGUUCAUUGCCACCUUAUGGCAUUGAUAUCGACAACGAUAACCCUCCACCUUCUCAGGGCCAACACUUGGGAAACCUCGUAACCAACCGUCCGUCCACAAAAGUGAAAUCGGUUCCCGGUGGACACUCAUCGCUUGGAUACUUGUUCGGAGACAAGUGAUGUUGUCAUCUCUUAUGGCGGUGCCUCUGUGAAGAAAUCCAGUUAUGUGCUAUUAUAUAUAUUACCAGAAUAAAGUAAUGCAGCACUUUCUCGGUUACAUUUUUAUUAUUAUUAUUAUUAUUAUUAUUAGGUAUAAUUACUGAUUUGAUAUCCCAAUU